AUGGCGUCCGCGGCCCUGGCAUGUGGGGUCCACCUUGGCUCUGCUCGCAAGCUGCUGCCCAGACGAGCCGCGCCGUCCCGGGCGCGCCGGGAGCCAGUUACCUUUGAGGAUGUAGCGGUCUACUUCUCUGAGAACGAAUGGAGCAGCCUAGCCCCUGCCCAGAGGGCUCUGUAUAGGGAUGUGAUGCUGGAAAAUUAUGGGGCUGUGGCUUCCCUAGCAUUUUCAUUUCCCAAACCAGCUCUGAUUUCCCAGCUGGAGCGAGGAGAAGCACCCUGGAGCUUGGCUCCUCAGGGAGCUCUGGAUGGAGAGGGCUCAAGGGGCAUCUCCACAGAGGGUGUGUCGAAGAGUGAAAAAGAGGAUUUUAUUCUGAAACAGGAAUUUUUUCAGGAAGCACAUGACCAUUUGGUGCUAUCAGGUGAACCCCAGUGGUAUGGCUCCCAGGAAUUCUGGUUUGGAAAAACCUAUGAAGUGGAGAAAAAUAGACUAGGAUGCUGGCCCAAUGGGGAAAGCAUGGAUAGUACUGCAGAUGAUAUUGUAGAAGUGAUUGUCAAGGAUGAGAUGAUCUCAGUAGAAGAGAGUUCAGACAGUACUGACCUCAAUACCCACCGUACCAUACAUCAGAAAAUUCUAAGUGAGCAACUAUUCUAUAUAUGUGAAGAAUGUGGCAAGUGUUUUUAUCAAAAUGAGGACUUUGAGCAACACCAGAGAACUCAUAAUAAAGAAAAAGUCUAUGGAUGUAAGGAGUGUGGGAAGGCUUUCCGUUUUAGAUCACACUAUAUUGCACAUCAGAGAAUUCACACUAGAGUGAAACCUUAUGAAUGUCAAGAAUGUGCUAAAGCUUUUGUCUGGAAAUCAAACCUGAUUAGGCACCAGAGAAUACAUACUGGAGAGAAACCUUUCCAAUGUAAGGAAUGUGGGAAGGGCUUUAGUCAGAAUACAAGUCUUAUACAACAUCAACGGAUCCACACUGGGGAGAAACCAUACACAUGCAAAGAAUGUGGGAAAAGCUUUACCCGGAACCGUGCUCUUCUUCGACACCAAAGAAUUCACACUGGAGAAAAACCUUAUGAAUGUAAGGUCUGUGGGAAAGGCUUCAUAUGGAACUCAGACCUUGCUCAGCACCACAGAGUCCACACCGGGGAGAAGCCUCAUGAAUGUACUGUGUGUGGGAAAAGUUUCAUUUGCAAGGCACAUCUAAUCCGACAUCAGAGAAUUCAUACUGGGGAAAGACCCUAUAAAUGUAAUGAUUGUGGGAAGGCCUUCAGUCAGAAUUCUGUUUUAAUUAAACACCAGAGACGCCAUACUAGAGAGAAACCCUGUAACUGUCAAAUCUCUUACCUUCUUGAACAUAUAAAGAAUGCUAAUGGUGGUACUUGUUUAUAA